AUGCAAAAGAAUGAUUUAUCAAAAGUCGUAUGGAGAUAUUUGACACAACAUCAUGAUGAUACAGCAAACUUGAAUUUAUUUGAAGGAGAAGAAAAGGAUGAAGAAGUUCUUUUAAAGUUCAGAAAUUUCAUUAGUAUUCAAAGGUAUUCUGAUUAUACUAUUCCUGAAAAUGUUUCAGAGUACAUUCAAAAAGAUUUCUUAAGUCAACGUCAACGUCAAAGUCAAAGAUCUUCAAAUAAUGACAAUAAGUUAUUCUUAUCUUCGGAAGACUUUAUGCUACGUAUGACUUUAGCGAGAUUGAUUGCUUUAAGUUUUGGCGCAGAAGAAUUAACAAUAGACUUGUGGAAUUAUACACAAAAAUUAGAUGACGAAAGAAAGUUACGAAUUGAACAAUUUAAAUCAUUAGCAAAAAGAAUUUAG